AUGGCGCGUAAAGGCCCUGGUACAGAUGGCCCUCUACAGACAGCCCUUCUGGAAUCCACGUCUGCAGCCACAACAAGAGCUUCUGAAGGACAGAAGAUCUUCAGCCUCAUAGCUGUAUUCCUUGAUAAAUACCGCAGCCAAACCACCGGCCUUGCUCCUCACCUACUGAGAGCCCUCACCGCUCUAAGCGAUGACCUCGCCUCGGUAGCUCAACAACAUUUCAACGCUUAUAUCAGUGGUAUCUCGAUGAUCUCCAUUCUACCUGCCCUUGCAGCACUAAAAGAAGUCCAAGCUAUAAAGACUGGCUUUGCACUAUGUCCCUUAUCUCCAGAAGCCCUCCUAGCCCUUAAGGCCCAAAAAGAGACUAUCUCUACAUUCUUUAUUAACUGCCAGAUAGAACGCAGCUCCCGAUAG